AUGGCGGCUAUGUUCUUAGCAAAGAGAGGAACCAUAAACAUAUACAGAGCUUCUUUACACAGAGAUUACAACAACACUGCUCGAUCUGUUUCUGAUGGAGUCAUUACCAUCACUAGCUCUCGUUACUUCGCAUCCCACGGAGACAACGAAUGCGAGAAGUCAAAGGAAGAGGGGAUGGGAACAACUACAGAUGGUAAGGCUCCGAAUGUGACAAUGAGCCAUGCGGCGGAUAAGGCCAAAGAUGGAUUGAAACGAGCAAUCGAUGAAGCCAUCGAGGAGAGCGGAGAUGCAAGCAAGCCGAAGAGUGUAGAGAAUGAUGAAGGAAGUGAAGAGAAUGUAGCUGUUGGUGAUGAUGGAACUGUCAAAGGCCACAAUCAGUCAUCAGGAUGA